AUGGAGAAGAAGAACUGCUCGGUGGUGACUGAGUUCAUCCUUUUGGGAAUCCCACACACAGAGGGGCCGGAGACUAUACUUUUUGUCUUGUUCUUGCCCUUUUAUGCCUUUACCCUGCUGGGAAAUUUGUCUAUCCUUGUGGCUGUUCUUUCUUCCACUUGCCUUCACACACCUAUGUAUUUCUUCCUGGGGAAUCUGCUGUCUGUGUUUGACAUGAGUUUCUCCUCUGUGACUUGUCCUAAAAUGCUGCUCUACCUCAUAGGAUUGAGCCCAAUCAUUUCCUACAAGGACUGUGUCUCCCAGCUCUUCUUCUUCCAUUUCCUUGGCAGUGUUGAGUGCUUUUUGUAUACUGUGAUGGCCUAUGACUGCUUUACUGCUAUCUGUUAUCCUCUACAGUACACAGUUAUCAUGAACCCUAGAAUCUGUGUGGCCCUGGCUGUGGGCACAUGGCUGUUAGGGUGUAUUCAUUCUAGUUUCUUGACUUUGCUCACCUUCAUCUUGCCAUACUGUGGUCCCAAUGAAGUGGAUCACUUCUUUUGUGAUAUCCCAGCACUCUUGCCCUUGGCUUGUGCUGAUAUAUCCUUAGCCCAGAGGGUGAGCUUCACCAAUGUUGGCCUCGUAUCUCUUGUCUGUUUUCUCUUAAUCCUUGUAUCCUACACUCAGAUCACUAUCUCCAUCUUGCGUAUUCGCUCAACUGAGGGCCAUCGUCGUGCCUUCUCUACAUGCAAUGCCCACCUUAUUGCCAUCUUCUGUGCCUAUGGGCCCAUCAUCACUGUCUACCUGCAGCCCACACCUAACCCCAUGCUGGGAACUGUGGUUCAAAUUCUGAUGAAUUUGGUAGGACCAAUGCUGAAUCCUUUGAUCUAUACCUUGAGGAAUAAGGAAGUAAAAACAGCCCUGAAAAAAAUAUUGCACAGGACAAACCAUGUUCCCAAGAGUUCGUAA